AUGGCAGCGGUGUCAACUACCGUGCACCUACAGGAUACAAGAAUAAAGAUCCAGGAUCACAGCGAUGAGGAACAUGAACCCUAUUCACCGAAUACAAGGGACACUAUUAGCCCUGAAUAUCAAGAAGAAGACAAGCCUGAAGAGAGAUCUAUACACACGUCGUCUUUUUCUAUACAUAACGUUUUGAAAAAGGAACGAGAUACAAGUAGUCCGGAAAACGUAUUCUCAACCGAUAAAUUAUUGCAAAAUACCCCAAAUUUUGAUGAUAAUCAAAAUUCAAGGACAUCGGAGAGCGUCAGUCCAAGGUUAGAUGAUGAGGAUAAUCAAGCCAAUGAGUAUAGGGCAGAAAUAAGUGUAGAUGAUGAAAACUCCUGUUGUAGUGAUGACACUGUUCUAUCAGUUGGAAAUGAGGCUCCUGUAUCUAACUUUCAGGAUAGCGAAAAGAAUAGUUCAGAAGCCACACCGGGUCUAUCGUCCUUUAAGCAUAUUCAGACGCAUUUGAAUGCGAUCUCGCAACUAAGUCAGAAUCUUAACGUGAAUCAACCCUUACUCCUACGGCCCAGCCCGAUCACACCAAAUCCUUUAAUGUUCCUAAAUCAACCGUUGUUGUUUCAAAACCCGUUGAAUCAAGUGGAGCUGAAAUCUGGAGUGAUGCCAAGUCGCUUGCCGAUUCCGCAAAAUAAUUUAAAUCUUAAUCCUCAGCAUUUCGGAUUAAAUUUCGGUAUGAGAAUGAAAAACCAGGCUCAGGAGCAGCGACAUAAUAGAAGCGACGAGAACAGACGAGUUAACUAUCUUACACCAAAAUCUCCCGAAAACGAGUCAGAAAGGGAUUUCAUAAAUCAAAAUUGCUUAAAAUUUAGUAUAGAUAACAUUUUGAAAGCAGAUUUUGGGAGGCGCAUUACAGAUCCGCUCACUAAGAGAAAGAAUUUAAAGACGAAGUCAUUUGAGGCUAAAGCUCCAGUCAAGGAGGUCCCAUUGCCAUCUAAGCCAGAUGUGCUUGAGGCUAGAGUACCGGAAGUUAAGCCUGGUGAUAAAGGUGCUAUCGAUCUUUCCAAAAGCGAUGACGGUUCGAGUAACCACAGUAGUACUACAAGUACAACAGUUGGUGAGAAUGGACCGAUGGUGUGGCCGGCGUGGGUGUAUUGUACGCGGUACAGUGAUCGACCGAGUUCGGGUGAGUUAAACUAA